AUGCGCGCCCCAUCUGCGCUGGAUACACCCUUCCGCGCAUUUCCCAUUGAUGCGCCGAAAACUUCUGCCAGCUACCACCAUGCUGCGCCGUCCGUUUCAACGGACACCACCGCGGAGGCCCCCACUUCGGCAGCUUCCACCGACGACAGUGCCAACUGCCCGUCGACAGGCGACACCGACGAGAGUGCCGGCACCUUCUACUUGCCAACCGCAAGUAUGAUUGGCUCCGACUCUACGUCCUCCCGCACGGACGCGACCGCCUCACCCGCGGCAAGUCCUAUCCGCCCGGAGAGCCCCUUGCUUUCGUCGACGGAAGCCUGCUCGUCGCCUCCGCUCAACACCGCACCAGACGAGGGUCCGUGCGCGACUGCGAUAUUCCCUCCCGGCUAUCUCGAGGAUGCCGCCGACGGCCCCGCUUCCAACCACAGCCGGCCGAGAACGCCCACCCCAGUUGCUGAGGGAACAGGGCAGCACUUCCUCAGGAAGUCUCCGCUGCCGCCCGCGACCGCUAAGGACUCGCAAGCCUGCCAGCCCGCAGCGGAAAAGCCGAAAAACGCCACAAGAAGACGACGCCGAUUCCGACGGUUCGUCGACUUUGAGCCGCAUUCCCCACCCGUUGAUGGCGGCGUUACUCACGAUACCGCCGUCACUAUCCUCUACCGACCCAUCGAGCGCAGAGCCACGUUCCUGGCUCUCUCGCGAGACAGUGUCGCCGCUCAGCUAUCCGCCGUGCCGGGCGUGAGACGUGUCCGUGUCAACUUCCGUCGCAACGUGGUGGCUGUGGACGUGACACGCGGUGCCGACUCGGCGCCCCUUCUCGAGGUGUGCGUCAUUGGUGACGUGGCGGUGCGCUCGAAGGCACUGCACAGCAACUCCUCUGUGGGUGUCAUCUAUGGGGUCGACCCUUCUUUCGACGCCCGCACAGUGAGCGAAAACCUGGAGGCACCCGUCGCGGUGCUGUCGUGCUCGCGGAGUGGCGCAAGCGUCACCGUCACUUUCGUCGGGAGCGUCGUGCCUCCGAACGUGCGACUUUUCAAGCAGUACGCGCCGUUCGUGCCCGACUUCCCCGACCACUUCAGUGCGACCGCUGCGGCGUUUUCGGCCAUGCCGGCGCCACCUGCUUCCGCGACGCCCGCUGUCUUCGCUGCGCGCGUCCUGUGCCGCAGGCGGCGCCGCAGCGCACCCGGAGCAGACGGUGUCACACACCAAAUGCUCAGAAACCUGGACGACGACCAUCGCCGGCAUCUCCUGGACGCGUACAACGCCGUCUUCCGAGAGGGCUGCCUGCCGGACCCCUGGCGCUGUGCUGUCGUACCGGUACUGAAGCGCGGCAAGCCUGCACGCGACCUCACCUCCUACCGGCCUGUCUCGCUGACGUCGGUGCCGGGAAAAACCGUGGAGACGAUGGCGCUGUCGAGGUUGCAGUGGAUCGCGCGGGCACGCGGCGCCCUUCCGCCCGAGCAGUGCGGCUUCCGUGCACAUCGAUCUACUGGCGACUGCAUCGCUGUUGUUGUGGGCACGCUGGAGCAGGCCAGGCGCGCGGGAGAAGCUGCCUUCCUCCUCCUCCUCGACGUGCGCAGCGCCUUUGACUCACUCCCGCACGAGUCGAUCAUUUCGGCUGUUGAAGCUCUCGGCGUGGUCGGCAACCUACUUGCCUACGUCAAGGCCUUCCUCGCUGACGGGACGUUCGUCGUUCGCGUUGGCCGCGCAACCAGCUCGCCACGACCAGUGACCACCGGCGUGCCUCAGGGUAGUGUGUUGAGCCCUUUUCUGUUCAACCUCACCUUCGCUCCCAUCAUCGAGUGCUUGCCGAAAGCUGGUCGCUUCCCUGUGCGUGCGGUUGUCUACGCGGACGACGUCGCCCUCUACGUGCGGGGGCCGAGGACUGCCAUUGCCGUGAUGCGCCGCGAGCUGCAGGAGGCCCUCGACUCUGUCGCCGGCUUUCUACGUGCCAUUGGCCUACAGCUGUCGUCGACCAAGAGCGAGGCGUUCAUGGUGCACCCUCACGCUGCCACACGCCGCCACACCGGCCGCGUACUCGUCGACCUUAGCGCGGGGCUCACGGGAACCGGCAGCCCCGUGUGUGGUAGCUGCGACGGGGUGGAGACACUGGAGCAUCUUCUGCUUCACGGCCAACCUUCGGGACCGAGAGAGAGGCUCUCUUCCAGUCUUUACGCAAACGAGAGAGCAAAAUGGUUGAGAAAAGAAAGAGAAAUGAAAAGAAAAAUUGACAGACUCCAGAAAACAGUUGACAGAUACAAAUCAGAAUUAGAAAAGGUCAAGGAAGACUGCAACUUUGCGGAUAUGUCGUACAUAAGGCAGCAAGCCAAGCAAAAAGACACAUCGGCAGUCUUCCUUUGGAAUCAAAUAAUUAAUUUCAGACGAAAAAAACCAACAUGGUCGGAAGAUGUUGUGCGUCACUGCAUCAUAUUAAGGCACCUGUCCACCAAGGCCUAUGAGCAUGCUAGGAAAGAAGGACUGCUCAAGCUGCCCGGCAGGACCACCCUUCAAGAAUUCCUUGGGGGCAUGAGUGGUGAAGCAGGCUUUAAUUCUUUGAUAAAGCUGCGCUUAAAAGCAGAGAUUGAGAAACUGACGUCGCCUGCUUCAAGGCAUUGCUCCCUCAUCAUGGAUGAAAUGCGCAUAAAGCCAAAGCUGCAGUACAACAAACAGCAAGAUUGUUUUGUUGGCCAUGCUGACGUAGGCGAAGUGAACGACCCAGCGAACGAGCCCUUGCUGGCGAAUUCGUUGUUGUGUUUCCUCAUAAAUGGCCUGUCAACCUCUUACAGGAUUCCAGUGUCUUAUUUCUUCACGAAGAGCCUCUCUGGUUCUCAGCUGUCGCAGCUGGUGCGAUCAGUUAUUAAGAACGUUGAAGAAUCUGGCUUCAAAGUAGACAGACUCGUGGCUGACAACCACAAGAUAAACGUGAGUGCCAUGAGAGACCUCUGCGGCGGAUUUCUGACAUACAGAAUUGAACACCCGGUUGAUCCCGACAGACCUUUAUUUCUCAGCUUCGAUUGCUGCCACGUCCUGAAAAAUGUAAGAUCUCAAUUUUUGGAAAGAGAAAUUGGCCCGGACGGAGAGAUAUCUUCUCGUUACUUGAAGAAAAUAUACGACUUGCAGAAAGAACUGAUCGUUAAACCCGUGAGAAAACUUACUAGAAAACAUGUCUUCCCGAACAACAUCGAAAAAAUGAAUGUCAAGCGUGCGCUGGAAAUUUUUUCUCCAAGCGUAACGGCGGCCUUGGAAUUUUUAAGAGGACAGGCAGGGCACAGCUGUGACUACUCCUUCGCUGCAGCCGGACCAACAAUAACUUUCAUGAAGAACAUCUACCGUUGGUUCAUACUUCACGACACCAGCAACACGGCACAAUACAUCCACCAAAACAACCCCGAUGUCAGACACUAUGAUGACUCCGACGAUAGCCGCCUCGAAUGGCUUGAACUAACUUUUCCCAUGUAUGUGGAAGAAUUGAAAAACAGAUCGCCUUCCGCGCACAACUUUCUCACGGCAGAAACCUACGAGGCGCUUCUCCUGACGACCUACUCCACGGUCGCUUGCGUUCGGCACUUGCUUGCAAAAGAAAAAUUUUGCUUUGUGCUGACAAGGAAAUUUAAUAGCGACCCCAUCGAAUCCCUUUUUGGCACGUUGAGGCGAUCCUUGGGUUCUAAUGACCAAUUGGACGUGCGCUCCGCGAUGAGUGGCCUUGAGAAACUGCUCAAAACAGGCAUCGUAGCCGUGCCUGAAUGUAGCAACAUCCUACACGAGCAAGAGCUCGUGCAAAGCAAGGCGCUCCCCGCUGCAGUUCGCACACGCAAGGAACCGUCCAUUCUGCCUUCAGCUGCCAUUCACAUCCUGGAGCGCUUCAAUGUGCAAGCCUUGCCAACAAGCUUGCCGACCCUGCAAGUAACAGCAACAGUCUACAUGGGCGGAUACAUAGCACGAGUGGUUAGAGAGCACAUGGAGGGUUAUAACUGCGGUGAACUAACAAGCAAAGUUCCCAGCAGCCAGCCACUUCAACAGCUCACCAAGAAUCAGAACAGAGGAGGACUGCUAUACCCCUCAGACGAACUUCUUUACGUCCUAGAGACGCUAAGAAUGUUCAUUAACAGUGCACUGACGGAAACGCCAAAUCUCCGAAGGCCCCUGGCAUCGCUACUCAAUGUAGCUGUACCAGCGCUGAUACAUUCAGCCCUUCUGCGAUGCACUAUGGGUGACGACCAGCACCGCCAAAAAUUGGUUGAACUUGUGUGCUCCCGAUUCAUGAAGCCCCUGCUCAGCAACUACGCUUCCGCUGUGACCGACAAAAGCGAUGUAUGCAAAAACUUCGCUCGGAAACCGCUGUCGAGGAAGUACUUGAAGUUGUAAAUCGAGCGGGCACAGUGAACACGGGUGUCCGUGGUGCGACGUGAGCAACUUCGACGAUCGACCUUGCACAAAAGCAUUCUUUGUGCAAAUGGGUGUCACAAUUUAUUUCUUGAUUACUAUUACAAGCGGUGAGUUUUUAAUUAGUAUAUAACAGUGAAUAAAUAUGUUUCAAAGCUUCAGAAGUAGACGACGCACUCGCGUGGUACAUAUGUCCAAGAUCACAA